AUGGCAGAAAAGGAGAAGGUGUAUCGCAGUGUCUCUUUCAACAAUGUCACCAAGAUCAGAGAGCUUUUUGAUGCAGAGGAUUUAAAAUCUGCUGACCACCUCCAGCACUCCGCCAGCUCUAAAGACAACUCUUUAGCAGACAUAAGCGACAGGCAGUCUCCCAACAGCCCAGCCCCUGAAGCCACUAGCCUCUCACUGCCAGACAGACACCUCAGCAGGGCUGCGUCCCUGGGCAGAGAGAGGAGACACCAGGGCAUGGACUCAGCCUUUCACCCUGACCAGCACUACUCAGACGAGGCAGAGAUUGAGCCAGCCAGCACUAKUAUUAGUAGAAGUGGUAKGUUUYYUAGSGUGGCSSAGSCAUCAAACACGCACAGAGCCCACAGCCCCAGCAGUGGAGGAGAGGGGCCUGAGACCYGGACWUCUAGUCUGAACUCUGACCCUCCACCCUCUGUCCUMGCYGCUGCMCCCRCYYCCCCACCUCGGAGCARCUCCRKGGGCCUCUCCUCCUCCYGUGUCYGCCCCKCUGKAGAGCAGMRGCAGAGCCAGGGGGCCGGGCAGCCCAGGGACAGUUUACAUUCCUCACAUAGCUCCUCCAGACCGGUGGCCCCCUCCUCUGAUAGAGCUUCARCCAGGGCAGCMAUCACAGCCCGCUGGAGGUUCAGCUCAGGAGACGAAGAAGAGGAGUACCACCGAGCAGGAGGAAGGAGUGCUCCCUCGUUAGGUGUCAGCGGAGGUUACCUCUCCCGCGGUAAGAAUGGNUCAGGAGACGAAGAAGAGGAGUACCACCGAGCAGGAGGAAGGAGUGCUCCCUCGUUAGGUGUCAGCGGAGGUUACCUCUCCCGCGGUAAGAAUGGCUGGUGGGGUGGUAAGGUCCUUGGCAGGUCUUCAGGCAGUGAAGAGGACAACCCUGCUUCACUAGGACCCAGCCGAGACACCGUGAGACGCCGCUCACUGAGAAAAAAGAAGAACAGCGAGGUUGCCGUAGCAACGGGGCGAGACGAUGGCGAAUCAGACGACAGUGACGACGAGCAGAUGGGUAUGAUGGAACACCUUGAGAGACACCAACAGAACAUCACCCCAGAACAGACUGGGAGCUCCCGGAACCGGCUCAGAGAACCCAAAGCCUCUAGCACCUGUGCAGCACUGUGGGGACGCAAUUCCACUCCUAACCAGAUGGGGGCUCAGGGGAGCUACAGACGCAAAUACACAUCAGGCGGGGCGGGGACAUCUCGCAUGACCACACCCCUCCCAGGGGUGUCGCGGGUGUCAAAGGUCAACAUCUCGUCAUUUAUUUCGAGUCCCGGCGGCUCACAGAGCCGCAGUAGAUACUGUAGCACCGAGACACUGAAAGAAGAGGACCAAGCUAGCUAUGCUAACAGAAAGGUGAACUGUAAUGCUAUUACCCCAGGCAGUGUGGUUGGUGCAUCCUCUUCCAUGCUCAGUAAGACCUACCACGGUAACUUCACCAUGUACCGCUCCCCCAGCUUCGGACAUGGGGAUAACUUUUCCCACGCCCCUGUUAAAGGCCAACCCCGCAUUCUUCCCCCUGUCAAUCCCCCAUCCCCAGCCACAGGGAACACUGGAGGGGUUGCUAGGGAGGAGACUACAGUGUUCCGUCGGUUGCUAAGUGAUGGCGUAGUCGGUGAUAAGGACAAGAACAGGAUGUCAAUGUCAAACCCGGACAUAGCCUCGGAAACAAUGUCUCUCCUCAGCUUCCUGAAAAGUGACCUAUCAGAUCUCAGAGUUCGAAAGACGGACAAGUCAGGGGUUACUGAGGGGUCAUCUACGGUGUACAGGAUGGGGUCAAGAGGCCUCUACCCAGGACUCCGCCCUUCAUUAAAGGACCUCACUGCAACUCUCAGACGUGCCAAAUCCUUCACUUACUCUGAUAAACCAGUAGGGAGGCAACAUCCAGCCGAGUCCUCGGCCAAAAGAAGCUCUUCUGAGCAACGUCUGGAUCAAGACGAAGAKAGGGAUGGAGGGAGGGGGGCGGUGCCUGACAGAGAGGUGGAGAGUGAUGGAGGAGACUGCAGAGCAGGGGGUUAUGGGUAUGAGGAUGUGAUGCCCACUCCGCUGCAGGACCGGUAUGUCCAGGAGGCCAGGCAGGUAAUCAGAGAUAUCUGCCAGAUGAGCGCUCGCGAGGAUGUUGACGAUGAUGAUGAUGAUGAUGAUGUGCUAGCAACAGAUGGCACUGAAGACAAGGGUUUCAAAAGAAAACAAGUGGAGGAGCAGGAGAUAAAAGAUAGCGAGGGAGGUGAAUUAAAAGAUGAAAGGAGAACUAGAGAGGCUGAGGUUGCCGUUUCAGGGGAAAAAGAGAGGAGGGAGGGGAGAGCUAGAGAGGCUGAGGUUGACGUUGGGGCGUCCUCCGUUUCAGGGGAAAAAGAGAAGAGGGAUGGGAGAGCUAGAGAGGCUGAGGUUGACAUUGGGGCGUCCUCCGUUUCAGGGGAACAAGAGAAGAGGGAGGGGGAAUGUGAAAACAGGGAAAAAGAGAAGUGCCAGCAGAAGGGAGAUUCUGAGGAGAACGUGUUUUAUGACCGAUCUGUUGAUGAGCUAUCGGGUCACGAGUCGAGCCUCACUGAUGAGGGCAUAGUCACAGAACCAGAGACUGGACCUGGUGACCCUGAGAGGUUAUUUGUCAGGUCAAGUUUAGGAUCAUCGUUGGCCAGAGAUGUGCUGGGUCAACCCCUGACCAUCUGGAAGCAGUCUGCUCUGCAUGAGGAGGAAUGGCCAGAGUUAAACGAGGGAAUGCGAGAGGGAUCAGGGUUACACGCAGGAGCGAGAGAGAAACGAGAGAACCCUGUCUCUGUUCCUGCCCUUGGGGUUGAGAGUGAGAGCAUCGCUGUAGUAACAGAGAUGAGUGGUGUCAAUAACAACAACAGUACUAGCGGGAGGGCCAAUAUAUCCCAGAGUGCCUCAGUCCCAGGACUUGAGGCUCCUCCCACUCCGAGCGCUAUCCGCCGCCGCCGUAAGUUCUCCUCAACCGGGAAUACGGGCUCUGACUCCAGUAACGGCAGCAACGGGGAGUCCAACGGGAACGGGGAUCCUACUGUUUACCGUUCGCUAAGCGACCCCAUGCCUCACCGGCGCCACUCUGUGUCAGAAGAAGGGAAUAACAGUUUCUCUGUGGAUAGUAACCUGCUGGGGUCGCUCUCUCUCUCCUCCAAGGGGGCAGGAGGAGUCAGAGGUGGAAGUGUCCCAGAGUCGUCCUCUGCAGCUGAUCUAUCAGAGUGCACGGGCAGCGUGACCAGCGAGCUAUCGGUGUGCAGUGACGGUGGUCUCCGUGACGAUAGUCUCCGUGACGACUACAGCAAUGUGAUCCGGAGCAUUGUUGCAGAGCCAGGAGCAAUGGACAGAUUGAUGACGGAUGACAAAAACAACGGGAAAGCCACGAAGAAGAAGUCCUUCUCGGACCCCAGUCGCCGUGGUGAUGGCCACCUGCUUGACGAAUCAGGGUUCAAAAGUCACCAUCACCCCAACGAACCAAUCAGUGAGCUGGAUCAGCUUGGUCAGAUCCCGCCCUCCAGCAGUGAGCCAAUCCUGAGUGAGCAGAGAGACGAGCUGUGGGAGCUCGGAGACGAACGUGGACGUCCAUUACGUAGUCGCCUUGUCAACAAUGAAGGUGGCAAACUCCGCUCCCAAUCAGAAAGGGAGCUGCACUCCUGUCUCUUUGCUGAUGACACAGAUGGAGGGGGAGGAGGGCAGAUAUUGAACUUUGACCCCAAACUUGCGGAGGUUCUAUCUCCCAGAAUGGGCCGGCGGGCCUCCAGGAAACGCCCCAACCGAGUCGCGCAAACAGCAUCAGAGGAGCUGGACCACUCGGAACCAGGUCCAGAAGACCACGGUCCAGAGGAGAGCCAGGAUCAAGACCAGACUGAGCUCAACCCCCCACUGCCCCCGCCCCCCCCCAAAUCCAAAGCCAGGUCCAAGCACGUCCGCCACGCCAGUGAACCUGCCACCUUCAUCCCCAUCUCCCCACCUCCACAGCCCCAGCGAGCCCAGGGGAAUCCGCCUUCCCUACUACCCGCCUGUGAACCCUCCAUCCUGGGUAAGCCCACUGGUGAGGAGGCCCCCUCCCUGGAGGAUGUGACCAAGCGGUAUAUUCUGGCCCUGAAUGCUCCAGGGGGCGAGAGCGAGCCGUCUGGUUCUGAGUCUGGGUCUAGAGGAACGGUGCCUGUACCAGACGGGUCCAACUCCAGCCCUGCUACUCCCAGUGGUGCCAGAGAACCCAGACUGCAGAGGAAGAGCAGUGUAGAGCUGACCCCACCAGCCCCACAGAGAGCCAAACCCAGAGUG